GGCGGGUUUAGAGGAAACGCAUAACCGGAAGCGGGAUGUGCUGGGCGGGGCCAGGAGGUGCGACUCCAAAGAACCAGGCUGAAGUGCUAGGAAAUUUCACCAUUCCCUGUUGGGUUCGGGGAGUACAGUGUCCCGAACUGCACGUAAGAUCCGGCCGGGUAUUCAAGACCUGAAGUCUCCCGGAGCCGCAGUCUCCGCGGGGCGGCCUGGGAAAGUCACAGUCACAGCGCAGUGGCGGGAACCGCAGCCCGGCGGCCCUGGAACCUCCCAGUCUCACAAGGUCGGUCAGUCAGUCCUGCUCAGCUGUGAAUGGGAACAAAGAGCCCUGGAUGCAGAAGAGAGAGGAGACAGUAGCAAAGGAUCCAGAUUUGUAUUUUUGACAAGUGGAUAUGAAAUUUCAACAAGAAUUCCAGUCUUUGUUUCUACAAGAUAAACUCAGAGAAGAGCAACAAGAAGAAUGAAUGCUUCUGUGGCUCAUGCUCCCCAGGGUCUGUUAUCAUUCAGGGAUGUGGCUGUGGACAUCUCGCAGGAAGAAUGGGAAUGUCUAGAUUGUGCUCAGAAGGCUUUGUACAUGGAUGUGAUGUUGGAGAAUUACAACAAUCUACUGUUUGUGGAGAACCAUUGCAUAUGUGGUAAAUAUGAGAAGGUCUGGCAUCAAGUCACAAAGCAUUUGAUCCAUGAUCAUGAACAUGUCAAAGAGAAGUCUUAUGAAUGUCAUGAGCUUGGCAAAGUGAUUCGUGAAUGCAGCCAGUGUAGACCUUGUGACACAAGUGAUCCUGCAGAAAAUAACAAGUACAGAGUUGGUAACCACAGAGAUGCCUCUAUUGAAGCCUUAACCCUCAACAGACACAAAAGUGGGAAUGCUGGAGAAGAACCUUGCAAAUAUACAGACUGUGUAAACUGUUUAAGUUUGUGUUCCAUCACUAGCCAAAAUCAAAGCACUCACGCAGUAAAGAAAGAACACAAAAAUUCAGAGUCUGAUACAUCUUUUGACUCUAAUACAGAAAUCACUCUGAAACAAACUGACAGCAGGAAGAAAGCACAUCAGUGCAGGAAAUGUGGGAAAUGCCUCAAGACUCACUCAAGCCUCAUUAGGCAUCAGAGAGCCCAUCCCAGAGACAAAUCCUAUAAAUGUGCAAAUUAUAGUAAAUCCUUUCUGCAUUUUUCACAACUCAAAGUACAUUACAAAAUCCGUUGUAGAGAAAAACCCUACAAAUGUACAGAAUGUGGUAAGUGCUUUUAUCAUUUAUCAAAGUUUAAAAGACAUUACAGGAUCCACGUUGGAGAGAAACCUUACAAAUGUAGUGAAUGUCACAAAUCUUUUAAUGAGAAAGGCCAUCUUAGAACUCACCAGAGAAUCCACACAGGAGAGAAACCUUACAAAUGUAGUGAAUGUGGCAAAUCCUUUACCACAAAAGAUAACCUUAGAAGUCAUCAGAGAAUCCACACAGGAGAGAAACCUUACAUAUGUAGCGAAUGUCACAAAUCGUUUAUCACAAAAGACCAUCUUAGAACUCAUCAGAGAAUUCAUACAGGAGAGAAACCAUUCAAAUGUAGUGAAUGUGACAAAUCCUUUACAAGUCGCUCACAUCUUAGAAUACAUCUGAAAAGACAUAGAGGAGAGAAACCUUACAAAUGUACUGAAUGUGACAAAUCCUUUACUGAGAAGGCGACACUAAGAACUCAUCAGAGAAUACAUACAGGAGAGAAACCUUACAAAUGUAGUGAAUGUGAGAAAUCCUUUAGCGCAAAAGGGACGUUUAGAAUUCAUCAGAGAGUACAUACAGGAGAGAAACCUUACAAAUGUACUGAGUGUGACAAAUCUUUUACUAAGAAAUGGACGUUUAGAACUCAUCAGAGAAUACACACAGGAGAAAAACCUUAUAAAUGUACUAAAUGUGAAAAAUCCUUUACUGGGAGAGGCAGUCUGAGAACUCAUCAGAGAAUCCACACAGGAGAGAAACCUUACAAAUGUAGUGAAUGUGACAAAUCCUUUACCACAAAAGACAAUCUUAGAAGUCACCAGAGAAUCCACACAGGAGAGAAACCUUACAAAUGUAGUGAAUGUGACAAAUCCUUUACCUGGGGCCCAUCUCUUAGAAUACACCAGAGAACACAUACAGGGGAGAAACCUUACAAAUGUAGUGAAUGUGACAAAUUCUUUACUACAAAAAGCAGUCUUAGAACUCAUCAGAGAAUACAUACAUUAGAGAAACUUUAGAAAUGUAGCGAAUGUGAGAAAUCCUUUUCUGUUGGUCUAGCUCUUAGAAUAUGUUCUAGGAUACUUGAUGACACUGUGGAACACAAGUGUUAAUAAUAUCAACCUUGAAUUGGGGGCAGAACCCACAACUAACUGGCAGGAAUUAGCCAUAGAGAACAUGGAGGAGUAUGGAAGACAAGAAGGAGAAAGGAGCGACUUGCAGUUUUGUGGUCCUCUGGUUUGAGAUGGUUGGAAAGACACUUCCUUGCUGGGUCUCUGGCCAAAAAGGCCAUUUAGUUGUUUCUUGGCCUCUGAACUAGCAGGUUUUCACCCCACCACCUGACUCCCAAUUUAUUGGUAAAUAGUACAAUAGAUACUUAGUUAAAUACUACAUAUGAUGGCUACAGCCACAGCCACACCACCAAGCCACAGUCUGAGCAACAGUGUAAUGCGGGCCUUGGGGCCAGAGUCAGGUGCACCUGCUAAGCUAACAGAACAUGAACACAUCAGAGAAUACAUAGUAAAGAGAAACCUUACAAAUGGAGUGAAUGUGAGAAAUCCUUUACUAUUUGUUCAUUUCUUAGAAUCCAUUAGAUAAUUCAUUCAGGAGAGAAACCUUACAAAUGUAAUUAUGUUAGUUUGGGUUUUAUUGUU